AUGGAAGAAGGUUUGCUUAAUAAGCUUCAAAGUUUUUCUCUUACAGAGGAGGAGGAUGUGGCUAUUGAUUUUAAUACUGAAGACAUUGCAGAAGACUUGGAGGAGUGUGUUUUGAGUGUUUAUGUGAAGAUUUUGUCUGAGAAAUAUGUUAACACCGUAGCUCUAAAGAAUACAAUGUCGGGGGUUUGGGGGUGUAAAGAUUUGGGAGUUAUGAGGAUUUCAUCUAAUAUUUUCCAAUUUUUCUUGAAGGAGGAGAGGGAGAUUUACAAAAUCCUAUUUCAAGGCCCAUGGUGUUUUGAUAACUCUUUGAUUAUCAGUUACAGAUGGUUCAAAGGUAUUGGUGUUAAAUCAGUUCCUUUUGAUUUGGUCCAAUUUUGGGUUCAUGUUAAUGGUCUUCCUCGCGAAUUACCCUUUCGUUGUGGAAUUAAACUCCGAGAUAGGAUGGGGGAUACCCAUUUUGCCUUGUUUCAAUACGAAAGGCUACCAUAUAUGUGUUAUCACUGCAAUAAAGUUGGGUACACCAUGAAGCAAUGCACUGGGCUAAAUGCAACUUUGGAAAAGGAAGAAGGGAAGGGUUAUCAAUAUGACAAUUGGUUGAACGCUACUGUUACUAAGUCUAAGUUGGUUCUACGGCACUGGACUGAUUCUGGCUCAUCGAAAAUUGUGCCGGUGGCUUCUACAUCGAUUCUAGAUUUGGGGCUUGAUCAUGGGCAAUUUCAAGGGGAUUCUAGGCACAAUGGUGGGCCAGAAAUCAGGGACUGCAAUCAAAGGAUCUCUACUAUUAAUGAGAGAAUUCUGGGAGAGGCCUCUAUGGUUAGUGAACUAUAUGAAGUGGGCUUAACCUCAGAGUAUCCAACUACGGUUCAUAUGGAGCAUUUGGAGUCUGUGGUAAACACGGACUCAUUCACUAAAGACUCCAAGGACCCAAUUCCACGGGAAGACAUUUCUUUUUCUGGAGAAAAGUCUCUGUCUUCCGAGCUACACAUUGGGACAGUUAGGGCUUUGAAGUUGGUUAGCAAAGGUAAAGGUAAAGGGACGUGGUCCCGCAAGGCUAAAACUUCUACUCUAGCUGAAAAUUGGGAAAUCCAGGAGGUUAAGGUGGGUGGUAAGAGGCAGAGAGAAGACCUAGGGUGGCCAACAAAUUCUGGAAAAGGCAAUGCUUCUUGUAAGAAGGCUCAAGUAUUACAAUCUACAUCUCUCAACUCAUCAUUAUCAGCGGAGACUGUUGAUUAG